AUGUUUCAUCAUUUUUUCUCAAAUACCAGAAGAAAAUGUUUUGGCACACAAAUCAUUUUGAACAAUCUUGUGAAGAGUGAUGUUAAAUUUUAAGUCUCUUAAAAGCUUCAGUCUCAGGCACAUCAAAAUCUCACUCCGUUGCAAAUUUUGCCACCAAAUCCUUCAGGUCAAGUGAUGCUUGGGCAUGCUCAGUUGACACGGUUGCCAAGCCAACAGGUCUCUUUUGCAAACACUGUUGAGCGUAUGCAAUUUUUGUAAGUUUGAGCUCUGAGAAAUGGCGUUCAAAGCACAAAACAAAAGCAAAAUAUCGUUAGAAAUUCCCAAGGUAUAACAAAAAGUAAACUACAUAAAAUUGCACCCCUCCGAGGUCUGGGAGCCCCACGAGGCCUCCGCCUCUCGCAGCAUGAGAACGGGUUGCGCUCCAGUUCCCUCCCUGCAGCAUCAUCACAAGCAGCAGCAGCAGCAGCGGAAGUUUGCCUGGCUCACGCGGGACAGCUGGGCCCGCGGACCCCCCGCCCGCUCUCGCCGCACCUUCUUUCAAUCAACGGUCCAGAAAACCUAAGGCGGGCUUUGACGAGCGCGCAUCUUCGGGCGGGCAUUGGCUGGGGGUGCGGCCGGCCCAGUGACGUCGAGCGGAGGGGGCGGGGAUUGCGCGGGGGUGACACGUCGGACGGCGCCGGCGGCGGAUCUCCUGCGAGACAACCCAGGAGCGGCGCCUCCCCUGCCCACCGCCCCUCGCGCCUUCCGCCCUUCUGCUCCCUCGCGGGUCGGGAUGGGGCGGCUCUAGACCAAUAAGGCUCCGGAUCCCGAAAGUGUUCCAGAAUUGGGCCGGCCCGCCCCGCCCCCUCCGUUGCUUGGCAGCGGCGGCCCCUCCCCCUUCCCAGGACCCGAAGCCGGGACCCGGUUCGCUCCCCCCCCUUUGCUCCGGCGCCUCGUCGGAGCGGCCCUUCCUCACAGGAACCAGUUACCCUCAUGACCCCUGGGCCUGCCGGAGAGGCCCCCUGGUGACCUUCGUGGGCAAGAGCCCCCGGGCUCCUUGGCCUCAGGACUCCCCACAGCUUCCCCCCUUCCCCUCAGGAGGUUUAAAGGCACGCCCUUGAGCCCCUUCCCCUGUUUGGCCACCGAGGCGCCCCUCCCGGUGACCCCUUCAACUCGAGACAGCCUCCCCUUGCCACGCUGCCCUGCUUGUGCCCAGGUGCCCCAGCCUCUCCCCAGCGCACUGGUGCCAUGCGCUUCUCCCUGGUGCUGUCCCUCCUGCGCCCUGUGGGGCCUGUGGUGGUCGGGGUGUCCCUGGGCUUCACCCUCAGCCUGCUCAGCGUCACCUGGGUGGAGGAGCCCUGCGGCCCCAGCCAGGGCAGCCUGCGAGAUGGGGGCAUGGAGCAGCAGCAGCACCAAGGCGGGCAGGGCAACGCUGCCCGCAAGCCCAACUCCGUCCCUGCGGGGAUGGGCACAGAGCCUGAGCAGAGCUGGGAGCCCCGCGUCCUGCCCUACAAGCCUCCCAACCCGGGCAAGGCUGCCAAGAAAACUAUCAGGUAAUGGGCUUGGGGGAGCAAAGGGUGAGUAUCGAAAAGGGAACAGAAAAAUGGGCUUUGGCCCAAAUGCAAUCUCAAGGUAAUCUGGCCACUGUUCGGGUUCCCGUGGACUUUAGAGGCUCACAGGUAGGUGUAAUUUGCGGUCUCUUUGUUAUACUGCAGGGGUCGUGUGAUGGGAAUAUGCCACAUUAUGUGACCUAUUAGUGGUUCCAUGUAGCUGCUGGCCUGUGGACAUAAAUACUUGUAUGUAAGCAAUCUUUUAAUAAUGCUGAAUGAAACCAGUAUAACAUUCGAUCAAUAUAAUGUUCGCCCUCACAGCAGCCCUGUGGAGGUAGGUGACUGGGGACUUGUGACUGGCCCGAGGCCACACAGUUAAACCCUGAUAUAGGUGGGACUUUAAUCCAUGCCUCCCAUGUGCAACACCUAACUGCGUAUCCAGAUGUGGUAAGCGCAUCCAUAGUGGGCCUAUGUUCAGAACAAAUGUGCAUAUUCAUGGGCUGUUUCCUGUGAUGGUUCCAGUCAGAAAUUGGUUAAGGGUCUUCAGGGCUCUGUGGGCUGGGGGAGAGCUUUGUUGUCGGCAUCCACCUAUCUCAAGUGACAUAGAGGUGUGCCUCCACGGGUGAAGUUGAACCACUGUGUUGGCAUCACUGAAGUGACCUCCCAGGGGCACAAGCCUGGGCAGUAAGUAUGGGAGGUCCUGGGCUGCCCAGACAAGAAGACCCCCCUCUCGGCCUCACUGAUGUGGUCCAAAGGAAGCAGAGCAAUAUGUUUGACACCAACCUGGCUGCAGGAGUUGCUGGAAGGAGGCAUACAAGAUGCCAAGUAACCUAAGGGUUUACUCCUUUGCCUUUUCUUCUCCCGAAGAUAUUCUGCAAGGCUUAAAACUUGCUUUUUGAGAAGACUCAGCCUUGGAUGAAAAAGCUAUGGAGGGCCAUGGUACAAUAGAGCCAAUCCCUGGUUCUCUGAGCCCUCUUCUUUCUGCCUCAUUCAGACUGCUGCCCUCCUUUUUUAUGACAUCCCACAGGAAAGCUUGGGGCUGUGUUCUUCCUAUUCAGGAAGUCUUUCGGUACAAAUAGUUUCCUUUGAAAGGAAAUGGGCUUGAGCAGUGCUUUUCUCAGGGGGUAUGCAAGGGUACACAGUAACCACCUCUUUUUGUUGUUGUUAAAAAGUGUGGCACUUACUGUAACAACUUCAUGGUGAGUACCAGCACCUACUGUAUUUUUCUAGAAAAAAAGCACUGGGCUUGAGUAAAGAAAAGCAAUGAUGGCUAUUGCUGUUCCAGAGGUAGCUGAAUGAGGGCUUGUUUGAUAACAGUGUAUAUCUUGGGCUUCUGCAGAACCUUUUAUUUUUAAUUUUUAUAGCACUUUUUUUUUUUAAUAAUUUUUUAUUAAAGUUUAAAACAAACAAAAAAGAAAAACAACACACACAAAAAACAAUACAAAACUUAACAAUAAAAACACAAAACAUAACAAUUAAAAACAAACUCUCUUUUCCAUUUCCAAUUUUAAAUUACUUAUUUUCUGGACUUCCUCAUACCUCCCUCUUUUGUAUUCCAAUCCACAUUAUUUGUCCAGCAGUUUCUUUUCCACUUUUUUAAUCCCAAUCUUUAAUUUAAUAAAACGUUAAAAAAUAUAACUUCAACUUUUUUGAACCUAAUCCUUGAUCUUAAUGUCAUAUAGCUUUAAAUUUUUCCCUUUUAUUAUCAAAUUUCCAUUUCUUUAAACAUCUUUAAUCUUGAUCUUUAAUCUUAAUCUAUCCUUAACUUUAACCUGUACAGCUGGAAACCACUUGUUUUCAGUCCAACAUCACUCUAACAUUCCUUAAUUUUGCAGUGUUUCUGAAGAUAGUCCUUUAAUUUCUUCCAGUCUUCCUCCAUCGACUCUUCUCCCUGGUCACGGAUUCUACCAGUCAUUUCCGCCAAUUCCAUAUAGUCCAUAAGUUUCAUCUGCCAUUCCUCCAGCGUGGGAAGUUCUUGUGUCUUCCAAUACUUUGCGAUGAGUAUUCUUGCUGCUGUUCUUGCAUACAUAAAGAAAGUUCUAUCCUUUUUUAACACCAUUUGGCCUACUAUGCCCAGGAGAAAGGCCUCUGGUUUCUUAGGGAAGGUAUACUUAAAUACCUUUUUUAAUUCAUUAUAUAUCAUUUCCCAGAAAGCCUUAAUCUUUGGGCACGUCCACCAAAGGUGAAAAAAUGUACCUUCAGUUUCCUUACAUUUCCAACAUUUGUUAUCGGGCAAGUGAUAGAUUUUCGCGAGCUUGACUGGGGUUAUGUACCACCUGUAUAUCAUUUUCAUAAUAUUCUCUCUUAAGGCAUUACAUGCCGUAAAUUUCAUACCUGUGGUCCAUAACUGUUCCCAGUCAGCAAACAUAAUGUUAUGCCCAACGUCCUGUGCCCAUUUAAUCAUAGCCGAUUUUACCGUUUCAUCUUGAGUAUUCCAUUUCAGCAGCAAGUUAUACAUUCUUGACAAGUUCUUAGUAUUGGGUUCUAACAAUUCUGUUUCUAAUUUGGAUCUUUCCACCUGGAAGCCAAUUUUCCUGUCCAAUUUAAAUACCUCCAUUAUUUGAUAAUAAUGAAGCCAGUCUCGCACUUUGUUUUUUAGUUUUUCAAAACUCUGCAAUUUCAGUCUAUCUCCGUCUUGUUCCAAAAUUUCCCAAUAUUUCGGCCAUUUGACCUCCGUAUUGACCUUUUUCAAGGCUUUCGCUUCCAUUGGUGACAGCCACCUUGGGGUUUUAUUUUCUAGCAAAUCCUUAUAUCUUAUCCAAACAUUAAACAGCGCUUUCCUGACAAUGUGGUUUUUAAAUGCUUUAUGUGCUUUGACCUUAUCAUACCAUAAAUAUGCAUGCCAUCCAAAUACAUUAUUAAAACCUUCUAGAUCCAAAAUGUCAGUGUUUUCAAGAAGUAGCCAUUCUUUCAACCAGCAAAAGGCUGCUGAUUCAUAGUACAGUUUAAGGUCUGGCAGGGCAAAUCCACCUCUUUCCUUUGCAUCCGUUAAUAUUUUAAAUUUUAUUCUGGGUUUCUUGCCCUGCCAGACAAAUUUAGAAAUAUCUUUCUGCCACCUCUUGAAACAGUCCAUUUUGUCCACGAUCUGCAAAGUUUGAAACAAAAACAACAUUCUGGGCAAUACAUUCAUCUUUAUCGCAGCAAUUCGGCCUAGCAGUGAAAGCUUCAAAUUUGACCAAAUUUCUAAAUCUUUUUUCACUUCUGACCAACAUUUUUCAUAGUUAUCUUUAAAUAAAUUCCCAUUUUUUGCUGUCAUGUUAAUCCCCAAGUAUUUAACUUUCUUAACCACUGUUAAACCUGUCUCAUUCUGAAACCUCUCUCUUUCAAACGGUGUUAAAUUUUUCUCUAAAACCUUGGUUUUUGACUUGUUCAAUUUAAAUCCUGCCACUUGACCAAAUUCUUGAAUCAGUUCUAAAACCCUUUUUGUACUAGAUUCUGGCUCCUGUAACGUCAAUACUAAGUCAUCUGCAAAUGCUCUCAAUUUAUAGUGUUUAAUUCCGACCUGUAUACCUUUAACCAUCUGGUCCCUUCUAAUCAUAUUCAGCAGAACCUCCAGGACCGAAAUAAAAAGAAGUGGGGAAAUUGGGCAACCUUGUCGUGUCCCUUUUUCAAUUUUCAGUUCUUCCGUCACAACGUUAUUUACAAUUAGUUUAGCCUUUUGUUCUGAAUAAAUUGCACUUAUACCAUUCUCAAAACCUUGGCCUACCCCCAUACCCUGAAGAUUCUUCUUCAUAAAAUUCCAAGAAAUAUUGUCAAAGGCUUUCUCCGCGUCUACAAAUAUCAACACUGCUUUAGUGUUUAUAUUCACUUCUAGUUUUUCCAAAAUAUCAAUUAUAUUCCUCAAAUUAUCAGACAAAUGUCUUCCUGGGAGAAAGCCCGCUUGGUCUUUAUGAAUCUCUUCCAACAGCACUUUUAAAAUCUCUUCGCCAAAAUAUCUGCAAAAAUUUUGUAAUCCACAUUAAGUAAUGAUAUAGGGCGGUAGUUCUUAAGUUGUGUCUUUUCAAUCUCUGUUUUUGGUACAAGUGUAAUAUAUGCUUCUUUCCACGACUCUGGUGCCCUCUUCCCCUCCAUAAUUUCGUUGCAGACGAAAUUUUUAUAGCACUUUAGAUGUUCAAAAUAUUUCAUUUAUUUUAUCUUUCUGUAAUUCUUACUAUAAGCUUUUAAGCUAAGUCAGUAUUAUUACUGAUUUAGCAGGCGGGCAGAGAAUGAGAUAAAUUACCGUAUUUUUCGCUCUAUAACACGCACCCGACCAUAACACGCACGUAGUUUUUAGAGGAGGAAAAUCCGUAGGCAUGCCACCCGUAGGCAUUUCCUCCAUAACACACACAGACAUUUCCCCUUACUUUCUAGGAGGAAAAAAGUGAGUGUUAUGGUGCAAAAAAUACGGUAAGUACUUAAGGCUACCUAGUGCAGGGUAUUUCACAUAUUCUACCCCUAGGACAUACUUGCAGUGGCUGAAAAUUGCUGAGGCCCACCAGUCAAAAAAUAGUGGUGCAUUAUUAUUUUUAUUACAUUUAUAUACCACCUUUUCCUCCAAGGAGCUCAAUGGGGGCUGCAUUAUUAUUUUCCUCCCCAUUUUACUCUCACAACAACUCUGUGAGGUAGGUUAAGCUCACACACUGAGCUUCAUGGCUGAGUGGGGAUUCGAACUCUGGUCUCCUAGGUUCCAGACCAGCACCCUAACCAUUACACCACACUGGCUGUCCAAGUGUAGGGCCAGGGGCAGGCACAAAAUGGUGGCAAAUAGGCAGAAUUUGGCAUUAGUUGGCAAUUACUGACAUCAUAUCUAACUUAAAUUUGGAAAAUGCUGCAUUCCUUGCAGCAUUUUCUUUGUGAUAUGGAGUUUGGUUUUUCAGCUUUCCUCAAGUGAAGUACAGACAUUUGCUCUGGAGGUAUUUUGGCAGCCUCCCCAUUUAAGGCAGAUUUGGUUGAUCCAGAGACAAAGUGAAGAAAGCUUUUUCUUUUAUAUUUCCCCCCUUCUCACGCUGCCUGCCUUUCAGAGGUUUUUACCCCCAUCUCCAGUAAUUUCAUCAUCCAUUCUCCUUCCUUACUCAACUUACACCCCUGCCCCCAACCAGUUGUUGCUUUCCUCCCUCCCUCUAUUGUCUUUUUACAUUCACUUCUUCCUCCUUUAAACUUCCUUUCUACCCACUUCCUUUCUAUGUUCAGUUCGUUCGUUUAUUAUUUUCUUUUACCACUGAUAAAAAAUAUUAACCUUUUAUCUCAUUUCCCUUUAACACCUCCCCUGUCCCUUUUCCUUCAGAGGAAGAACUUCCUUUCCUCCAACUCUUCCUGAACUUCUCUCUUGCUUUGUCACCAUUACUCAUCUUGCAAAAGGAGUUGCUUGUGCUGAUAUUGGUCCAACUGAAAGGCUAUGGCAUAGUUAGGGGGCUGGACAGGCAAAUGAGGAGGCACUAAGCAGUCUGUGGCUCUGAGGCCCACCUGAAAGUGGCCCAAGGCCUAUUUUCAAAAAGCAAUGACCUAAGUUCAUUGUAGAGGUGAGAUUCAAACCUAGGACUUCUGAUUCAUAGUUCAUUCUCUUAGCUGUUAUACUACAGAUCUCUGUACAGCUUAUUGGGUGAUUUUGGCACUUUCCUUUAUGAAAGUCCUCCUGUUCUUGGGGUGCUGCAUUUAUAUGUCUACCACCUUGAAUUCCAUGGAAUAAAGGUGGGAUCUGGACUUUUCUAGUUCUCCAAAAGACUGUAUUUUAUCACUGGGAAAGUGCAUUUCCCAUCACCAUCUACCACAUGUUGCACUGACUAAUGAAUUUUCUCUGUGUGUUUUUAAAAAACAACGUGUAAAAUGUAUUGGAGACUCUGCACUCUCCUCCUGUAAUGGUAAAAGAAAGGAGUACUUGCAUGUGUGGGAGGAAAAUAAGAUCUGUGGCCCUUGUGUGGGUUAAUUAAUAAAAGAACCAGCUGGAUGCCUGGAUUCAAAACACGGGACUUUGCACACACUCCAUCGGAGGAGAAUCUCCAGCAUAGAGUUAAACAGCAGCAUAGCAUGGGAAUAUAGGUUGUUAGACCCCUUUUCAUAUCCUGUUUAAUCUGCUUACAGCACUUGCCCCUCUCUACCGCUCUGUCAAUGAGCAAACCACACUCGUUUAAAAGCUUUACUAACAAAACCCAAAUGUCAGAUUCAUGCAUUAUUCCAUGCUGCAGCAAGGAGAACACAGGUAGAAUGCUCUUGGGUACAAAAUACAGAUAAUUAGCUGCAAACACGAGUCUUAGCAAGUUCAGACAUGUCCUUCCUGGUCGAUUACAUGGCACAAAGAUAGUGUGAGGAAAGGAAAGGAAAGAAGCUUCACUUCCUCACCAAAGGUGAGGGGGUGUGACCUAACUGAGUCUAGCAAUAGAACUGUGGUCUUAACCCCUUCAUGCAUUACCGUAUUUUUCUGUGUAUAAGACUAGGUGUUUUAACCAAAAAAUUAGGUUUAAAAUUGGGCCUCUUCUUACACACGGGUAGUGCUGAGGGGUGUGUUCUUAAUUUGGAGUCCCCCCAAAUAGGGGACGUUUUAUACAUUGGGGUGUCUUAUACAUGGAAAAAUACGGUAAUUAGCCCUAUGUUUUCUUGUUUUGUUUGACUGCAAUUUCCCACGGCAUGAAUAUUUUGGGGCAACAAAAUUAUAGAAAGACCGUUCCUCUCUGCCUGCUUUUAGCAGUGCCUUGCAAUUUGAAGAUUUUCUUAAAAAAGCUUUUUAUACUUCUUCAGGUCUCACUUUUCUAGCACAGAAGUGCUUAUUUCCUUUAAAAAACUGACCUCCUUUCUUGCAGCAAUGUCCAUUAUUUAUGGACUGCACAGUGCUCCAUCUAGGAAUAGCCCACAAAGGCAAAAAAUGGUUUUGACUGUUUGUUUUAGAUAGGUUUAUACCCUGUCUCCUUUAUUAUUAUUAUUUUGCAGCCCAAAUAAGCUGAGAGCAUGGUGGAGUCUUCUAAGUGCUCUACUGUAUGCUCAUAUCCUGAUUUACCAUGCCCACAAAAACUUAAUUUGCAGUUGUGCAGAAAAGGUGGUUUUGCUUUUGUGUUCUCCAUAGUCUAUGGCUUUUUGAGUGGGUGAUUCUUCCAGACUUUAAAAACAAGUAAUUUCCAGGAAAGGGCUGGCUGCUAUGCUUCAGAAAAGUCUUGUGGCUCCCUUUGUCCAUGCAUGUGAAUAGUCAACACAUAUUGAUAGGUAAACAUGCAUUCAAAUAUUUCCUAUAAGGGUCCUCAUUGAUGGUGGGGCACUUGGACAUUUGUAUUGGUACAAAGCUAUUUAAUCCAGAAUGACAAAAAUAGUGUGGAUGGUAUAGAAGCCCCAAAAUGUGAUCAUGUCAGUUGACUUUUAGGUAUGUCCAUAGAUGAUUUGCCAUUGUUUGGCAUGUUUGUUUGAGUCCUGCACACCAUAUAAGGUUUUCCUUCUCCCUGUGUGGAAUGUUCCCUUAGUCCAAAUUGCUGACCAGGGAAGUACCAGCUUUCUGUGUUAAAUGGAGAUGAUAUAGGAUAUCAUUGCAUAGCUUUGUACUAUUGUGGAUCCUUCUUUCCACAUUUCCAGUUUAUUCCAAAAUAUGCAGCCAGCAAUGCUGGCAGCUGAAGUCUGGGCACACACCCUGGCUGCACUUUAAUACUUGGUUAAUUUUGUCCUUGUAACUUGCUGCUCACCAAGUGUUAGUAAUGGUUGUCCCUAGCAGAACAUAUGAAUGGCAAAGGACAUGACACUGCUGUGUGUCUGCUAGGAGGGAGAAGUCAUAUCACACACCAAGCUACUCAAGUUUUUGAUACUGAGUUGUCUGCACCCACUAACUUUUUUUAAAAAAAAUGUAUUUAUCACUUUCCAUUUUUCAGCAAUAGAUAAAAACCCCCAAAAUAACAUCAAAUCAACUCCCCGCCCCCAAUCCAUGGAAUAGUGGGCUUCUAACAACUUUUAGCACCCUUUAACAAACUACAGUUCCCAUGAUUCUUUGGGAGAAACCAUGGCCUUUCAGCUGAUUCCUUGGUGGCCCACUGGAAUGCGGAAUUAAACAGGGCUAUUGACUGUCUGGCUCUGAAGCGCCCUCUCUGAUUGCAUGGAGCUUGGACGGCCCUGUGGUUUUCCCCGGAGCUGAGGAUAAUGAAACAAUUGCUGAGAUGGCUAGAGUGCCGGGGGCAGAAAAUUCAUUCUGAAUCGAACCAAACAUGGGUUAGAGCUCAACGUUGAGCCUACCAAGUGGCGAUAGCGAUGGUGAAGAGGACCUUCUUCACCGCCUCUAUUGUAUCUGCAGAAAACAGCAGCAGGAGACUCUUUCAGGUGGUUCACAAUCUAAUGGAACCACCUUUGCUGUCAGGGCUUGGUGAGGACCCCAAGAACUCCUGCAGUGAUUUUGGAAAGUUUUUUGCAUAUCAAGUCACUCAGAUUCGGAAAGAGGUAGACUCCACCAUGGUGGCGGGACCAGGGCAGGAGAGUGCUAGAGUCCUGUCUAGUCAAGUUGCAUGGGGUCAGUUCCAAUCUGUUACCUCUGAGGAUGUGGACAGGCUGCUUGGACGAGUGAAUUCGACCACCUGUGUCCUUGAUCCUUGCCUGUCCUGCUCAUAAAAGCGAACCAGGAAGGGCUGGGUGAUGGGCUCCGUGGGGUGGUGAAUGUAAAGGAGUCUUUCCAGACCUGCUUAAAGAAGUGGUUAUUAAAUUGCUUCUUAAAAAACAUCUUUGGACCCAGCCAAUAUGGCCAACUAUCGCCCAGUCUCAAAUUUUCCAUUCUUGGGCAAGGUGAUGGAGUGGUGGUUGCUGAACAACUCCAGGCAUGCCUGGAGGAUGUGGACCAUUUGGAUCCCUUCUAAAUGGAAUUCAAGCCUCAUCAUGGGACUGAAACAGCCUUGGUUGCGCUGGUCGAUGAUCUCUGGUGGGCUACGGACAAAGGUGAAAGCUGUUUCCUAGUUCUGCUGGAUUUCUCAGUGGCCUUUGACACCAUUGACCAUGACAUCCUUCUGGACUGUCUAGAGGAGUUGGGAGCUGGGGGCACUGUGAUGCAGUGGUUCCACUCCUUCUUUCUUGGUGGUGUCCAGAAAGUGGUGUUGGGGGAUGAGUGUUCAGACCCCUGGGCUCUCACUUGUAGGGUGUCUCAGGGCUCUGUCCUCUCUCCAAUGCUUUUCAACAUCUAGGAGAGAUCAGCAGAAGGUAUGGGCUAGGUGUUCACCAGUACGUGGAUGAUACCCCGUUCUACCUGUCCUUUAAAUCAGAACCAUUGAAGGUCCUCUGUGAGUGUCUGGAGGCGGUUGGAGGAUGGAUGGCAGCUAACAGAUUGAGGCUGAAUCCUGACAAGACAGAAGUACUAUUUUGGGGGGACAGGGUGGGCAGGUGUGGGGGACUCCCUGGUCCUGAAUGGUGUCACUGUGCCCCUGAAGGACCAGGUACGCAGCCUAGGAGUUAUUUUGGACUCGCAGCUGUCCAUGGAGGCACAGGUCAAUUCUGUGUCCAGGGCAGCUGUCUACCAGCUCCACCUGAUAUGCUGACUGAGACCUUUCCUGCCCGCAGACUGUCUUGCCAGUGUGGUGCAUGCUAUGGUUAUCUCCCACUUGGACUACUUCAGUGCACUCUACGUGGGGCUACCUUUGAAGGUAACUCGGAAACGACAACUAAUACAGCUAGACUGGUGACUGGGAGUGGCUGCUGGGACUAUAUAACACCAGUCCUAAAGGGUCUUCAUUGGCUCCCAGUGUGUUUCCAAGCCCAAUUCAAAUUGUUGGUGCUGACCUUUAAAGCCCUAAACGGCCUUGGCCUAGUAUACCUGAAGGAGUGUCUCCACCCACAUUGUUCAGCCUGAGGUUCUCCACCGAGGGUCUUCUGCUGGUUCCCUCAGUGUGAGAAGCAAAGUUACAGGGAACCAGGCAGAGGGCCUUCUUGGUAGUGGCACCCUCCCUGUGGAACACCCUCGCAUCAGAUGUUGAGGAGAUAAAGAACUAUACAAGAUUUAGAAGAAAUAUAUUUUUAAAAAAAAAUAAAAAUUGUCCAGUAGCACCUUAGAGGCCAACUAAGUUUGUUCUUGGUAUGAGCUUUCAUGUGCAUGUACACUUCUUCAGAUACACUGAAACAGAAGUCACCCAACCUUUAUAUAUAGUGAGAGGGUGGGGAGGCGUAUUACUCAGAAGGGUGGUGGAAAUGAGUGAUUGGUUGAUAGGUGUGGUCUUACAGGAAAAGCAAGGGAUGAGAUGGCCAAAAAUAGCUUUAUCAUGUAUAAUGUGAUAAGAAUCCAUUGUCUCUAUUCAGACCAGGUCUCUCCAUGGUUUUAAGCUUGGUAAUAAGUUGUAAUUCAACAACUUCUCUUUCCAGUCUAUUUCUGAAAUUCUUUUGUAAUAUGACAGCUACUUUGAGAUCUUGUAUAGAAUGUCCUGGGAGAUUGAAGUGUUCUCCUAUUGGUUUCUCUGUUGUGUGAUUCCUGAUGUCAGAUUUAUGUCCAUUUAUCUUUUGGCAUUGGGUUUGGCCUGUUUGUCCAAUAUAGAGAGCUGAAGGGCACUGUUGGCAUUUGAUAGCAAACACAAUGUUAGAAGAUGAGCAAUUAAAUAGUCCAGAGAUGAUAUGUUUGAUGUUGUUGGGUCCAGUGAUGGUGCUGUCUGGGUGUAUGUGGCAGCAAAGUUGGCAUCUGGGUUUAUUACAGGCUCUGGUACCAGUGUCCAUGUUAAGUCUGCUUGCUGUAUUAUUGUGGGUGAGGAGUUGUUUAAGAUUGGGUGGCUGUCUGUAGGCAAUGAAAGGUCUUCCUCCCAGAGCUUGGGAAAGAGAACUGUCGUUGUCCAGGAGAGGUUGUAAAUCUCUGAUGAUGCAUUGAACUGUUUUAACUUGGGAGCUGAAUGUGAUUACUAGUGGUGUUCUGUUAUUUUCUCUUUUGGGUCUGUCUUGCAGCAAGUUCUCUCUGGGUAUCAGUCUGGCUUUGUUGAUCUGUUGUUUAACUUCAUCAGGCAGAUAUUUUAGUUCCAAAAAGGUUUGCCUAUUUGGUUCAAGGAGGAUGUGCUGGUGAACAGAGAAGAGGUGAAAGAAAAGCAAGAGGGGCAGCUCCCUAAUGCUUGGUAGUGAUCUGUGAAUAAUAAUUAUUUAUUACACUUCUUGGAUGCCUUUCUCAACUUGCAAGAUUAUAAAAAAUCCACACAAUUUAAAACAAAAGCACAGCACUAUCUGUGCAGUAUUAUUAUUUAAUAACAGCUGAAAUUAAAGGAGGAGGCUAAUAGUUUAAGUAUGUGGGUUCAGGGUCAGGAGAAUAGGUUUUUAAGGGAGCAUGGCAGUCCCCUCCCCCUUAGAUGAUGGGCUUUUUGCCUCUUAUCUCUUGGUUCAGCUGCUGGAGCUUCUUCUCCUCACUCCUUGUCUUAUCUGAAUUUGCUUCUGGGAAGAUUGAGGUCAUUCUGCAUGGUCUGUGAUCAGCAGUGUCCAAUUCUGGGAACAUCCUUCUUGCAGCUUUCCAUGAGCAUAGUUGAGUUCUGUAGCACACAAAAUGGAGUGUAGGAAGUAUCCCUCGGAAAGAGGUGCAUUCCACGCACCCACCUCUGAUGCUCCAGGCACAAAAAAUCGCAGUCACUGUAGCCUUAAUAGUCUUGUAAAGGUAAAGGUAAAGGGUCCAGUCGUUACCGACUCUGGGGUGGUGGCGCUCGUCUCGCUUUAUUGGCUGAGGGAGCCGGCGUACAGCUUCCGGGUCAUGUGGCCAGCAUGACUAAGCCGCUUCUGGCGAACCAGAGCAGUGCACGGAAACACUGUUUACCUUUGUUGUAAAUAAAAAUAUGCCCUUUUCCCUUAUGGGGUAUCCAAGAGCCCAUAUAGAGUCCUUACAUGGGUUUCCCAUUGGUAGGAGAAAAUAACAGAGGCCAACCAGAGAAUAUUGAGAAGCAAAGCAGCUAGUAAGCUUGAUCUUUAUUGAUCUGUUGCAACAGGGUGCUCCCCUCACAUGCAGGAAAGGAGGAGGACCCAGAAAAAUGCUGUGCAAGGGCUUAUAAAGACUUUUGAAAAUUCCCAUCCUGUAGAUCAAGACCACCCCCCAGAAACAUCAUACAUACAUCACAGAAGGGGUGUAACCUAAGACCACCCCUCAGAUACAUCACAGAAAAGGUGGUCUUAAAACAGAAAUUUCAAUAUUGUUUUUCUCUUGUCCUUGUCUAUUUCCUGUCUUGCAGGUUACUCGAUUGGAUUGCCUGAGGAGCCUGGCCAGUCUUUUGUAAUGAUAAGGCUCACACCCUUAUUCAAACACAGACAUACCCUUAAGACAGGAUUUGUGAAGGAAAAGACAAUGGGGAGGCUUUUCCAUUUUGACCUUGCAGAGAAAACAUUUGGUCAGUUUAGGAAUCAAAAUGGUUCCAGGUUGGCCUACCUAUGCUGAUCUAUGUACGUGCUGUUAUGAACAUUGUUGUUGUUGUUUAGUCGUUUAGUCGUGUCCAACUCUUCGUGACCCCAUGGACCAGAGCACGCCAGGCACCUCUGUCCUCCACUGCCUCCCGCAGUUUGGUAAAACUCAUGCUGGUAACCUCGAAAACACUAUCCAACCAUCUCGUCCUCUGUCGCCCCCUUCUCCUUGUGCCCUCCAUCUUUCCCAACAUCAGGGUCUUCUCCAGGGAGUCUUCUCUUCUCAUGAGGUGGCCAAAGUACUGGAGCCUCAGCUUCACGAUCUGACCUUCCAGUGAGCACUCAGGGCUGAUUUCCUUAAGAAUGGAUAGGUUUGAUCUUCUUGCAGUCCAUGGGAUUCUCAAGAAUGAACAUUACCAUAUAUUCUAAGACCAUAAAAUUCCUAUCACACCUUCCCGCCGGAGCGGUAUCUAUUUAUCUACUUGCACUUUGACAUGCUUUCAAACUGCUAGGUUGGCAGGAGCAGGGACCGAGCAGCGGGAGCUCACCCCCUCGCGGGGAUUCGAACCGCAGACCUUCUGAUCGGCAAGUCCUAGGCUCUGUGGUAUAACCCACAGCGCCACCUGCGUCUUGUAGUCUUGUAGUGGCCCCAUUAACUCUGUGUAACCCAGUAGGAUACAGGCUCAGUUCUGGAAAUUAGAGCCAUGCAGAGAUUUCCAUGUGGGCAGGGAACACUUUCUCCCUUUGGGUCUGGAGUGCGGAGAGCCCAAAGGCACAGGCAUAGUGAGCUUUAACAGUGACAAAGAACCACAUUCUAAAGUUUCUGGCCUGCUUUAGACUAUCAGAUCCUAGCUUAAUGAGCCAGGAUAUACACGGGCUUUGUGCUCUCAAAUGCAGCCGUUUUUCUCUUCAUUUCUCCCUUUGUGCAAGUGCAGAAUCAAGCCAGAAAGCUGCAGUUAACCAUGCCUUCCCAGGAUUUGCAAACUGGGAAAUGUGUUUAAGGGCUUCCAAACAAGUCAGGAUUUAGAGCCCUACUUUAAAUCAUGGUGGACUCACUGUAGCUUCCUAAUUUGUUUCGCUGCUUGCAUGAAAGGGAGAAGCAGUGUGGGCACUCAGAGGGUGUGUGCAGUUGCACAAACAUUGUACCUAACCUGGUUUACUUAAGGUAGGCUUUGAUCAUGCAUACCUGGCCACUGUUUUCCCAGAGAUGGGAAUGAGGGGUGUGUGUGCAUGCGUUUGUGUGUUUCCAGGAAAGGGAAUCAGGAGACUUGCUGCUCCUAUAGUCACACAUUCUGUUUGCCGGUUGCCCAGUUCAUUGCUCUUUUUAGUUAAGAGUGUCAUUUAUUCUGACAAUUUAUAGUGACAUCUGCUCCUUCCCACUCUCAGUGUGUGCAUGUGUCUGUCUGUGUUUGCUGGGGUUACUGGUGGUUAAUACUGCCUGCUGGCAGUCCAAAAGACUGCCUUGCCUUUAUUAUCUCUCUGCAUUUUCUCUUUCUCUCUGUCUCUCCCUCCCUCCCUCCUUUUCAGGGAAUUGUCCUGUUCCUUACAAGGUUUAACUAUGUCAAGCUUUUAUCCUCAGCAUCUCUGUGCCAGAUCCCACCACCACUCCUUCCUUGCCUGCCUCUCUCUGCAGUGUGUGUUGGCCCCUUUAUUUCUCACCUUCCCAGCCUUGGGGGUAUUGCUUGUCUAAGUGAGCCCCAUGAGCCCCCCUCAUCCCUGUUCCCCACCCCCUUCCCAGUCAUGAUGUGGGGGGCGGGGAGAAACUCUGCUUUGUUUCUCCCCCUCUGAUCCCUGGCACCAGGAUUACCAUCUCUUCCUUUCUCCUGCGUGCCCUCAACUCAAAAACGGGUGAGAUCAAUGCUAGGGGUUGGGGGCCCAGGGACGAGGGACUGAAUGAGCUGUGUUGUCCCCAGGAGUGAGUGAGUGAGUGAGGGUGGGUGGGAUGGGCAGGAAGCGGAGGGGCUGAAUGAGCCCACUGUGUGAGUGGAAUGGGGGUGGGUGGGUAGGAAGGAAGGAAUGGUUUCCUGCUGCAUUUGAAUAAUUAAAACCUGAAACUUAUUGUAAGAGACAGGCCACCUGCAUCCUAACACCAACUGUAAUGUCACAGGGACCAAGAUACCCCCCUUCCCCAUUUUCUUAAUGCAGCCCCUACCUAACUGGGAGAUGUCAGAGUCUUUCCGCCCCCUCCAGAUUCACAAUUGCAGCAGUCAAAUUAUGGUGGGAAGCUGAAUUCUCUAGGCGUUUGGAUUCUAGUCUUGACACCCUCCCCUUCUCUUCACACUCUUGAGCCUUACACUAUUGCUCCUUCCUCUUGCUACUCAGUUGGGGAUUAUGAUUAGCUCCUUAGGGGGCCGUCUAGCAUGGAAGCUGAAGACUCGGGCCAAGUGAGAUCUGCUCAGCCAUGGCUGCCCUCUCUAGCAUUUUGUUAAUUUGUCCAUCUGGGUGUCUGUCUUGCAGGUUGGCUUCAGUUGAAGCAUGUCUAAAAUGGCACGUGAGAGUAAAUAUUUUAUAUAUUUGUCUAAAAUGGCAAAUAUAAAAUAUUUACUCUCACAUGCCAUUUUAGACAUGCUGCAACUGAAGCAACUAAUAUAUAUAUAUAUAUAUAUAUAUAUAUAUAUAUAUAUACACACACAUAUAAAUUUUUAUUGAGUUUUCAUUUUUCUACAUUUCAAAAGAAACAUUUUACAAACUUUAAAAUAUCCAAUGACUUUCCUUCUUCUCCUUCCAUGGUUCAUCUUACAUAUCAUACGUUCCUGCAUAUUUUAUUAUAACCAUGCAAAUCCAAUUUUCCACUUUUACAUCAAUCAAAUAUUGUUUACUCUGUUGAAUUUAUCUUAAUGCUGACAGCGUUUUCAGCUAUGUACAAUUAUUUUCCAUAUAUUAAAUAAAUAUUUUCUACUCUUCUUUAAAUACACAUUCUUCUUGCUCUCUUAGUGAGAGUCAAUAUUUUAAGAGAUGCAAGGAAUCUCUGUCAAUUGUAGGGGUUGCACUCAAAUAUAUGGUGGUGGUACCCCCUCAGCUUUCAUGGAAACUUGGUUUCUGAGCUGGGGAACCAGUUCAUAUCUCCUUUGGUGGAAAGAACAAUGCCGAAAGAUGCUGAACCUGAGCUGGAGAAUAAUGGAGAAUAAUGCUGGAGAAUAAUGCGGAAAUGAUUUCAGAGGCAAUGAGUUUGCAUUCUGGGAUACUCUGUUGCUUUGUGUGAGAGUCUGGGUUUCUUACAGAAGUUGCAGAACACAUUCUUGGUUAUUGCUGUGGUCAGGGCCAUCUUACAUAUAGGUGCUAGGGCUGUGGGGCACCCGGGCCCGGGCUCUCCGGGGCCGAGAUUUGGAGUCCGGGGAUUGGGAAGAGUUGACAGCUGCUGCCGAGCGGAGCAGAGGCCGUCGGACUGCCACCACCUCAUCCUCAACUGCUGUUGCGCUGGGCUCUGCUUGCCCCCCCCCGGCUCCUGGUCCUGGCCUUGCUCUGCCGCCGCCACCUCCUCGGGCUACUCUGUUGUUGCUGAGAUGGCCCACCCCUCAAAAUGUCAACAACUUUGGGGUUCCCCCUAGAAAAGCUCAACAACUCUGGGCAACCGGGGGGGGGCGCCGGGCGGACCUUGCACCCCGGCGCCACAUGUGCUUAAGACAGCCCUGGCUGUGGUUGCCUUGAUGUUGAUAUCUGCGAAAUAUCUGGCAUCCUCAUUGAUAUGAGUUAGCUCAUCUUGCCUUUGACUGAAUGCUGGGUCCUAAUCCAUUGCCAGGUUACUGCUAGCUAUGCUUGGAUUAAUAAUGGUCUUAACAGCUGAUCUACCCCCGUCCCUGGUGCUACCCCUGUCCCGGUAUGUGUCCCCCCACCCACCUGGGGUGUGUGUAUGAAAUGGACAUCCACAGGUUUCCCAAAUGUGGUGUCCUGUUGAUUUAGCAACUCACUUAAGACCCCAGGGUUUCUUGGAAAGGACUAGGAAUUUUAAAUUAUUGUGCAUCUGCUCUACUCUUUAUGUCUCAGCAUUUUGGGUGCAUUAGGGACAGCACAGCUCUAUUAAUAAGCCCUUGGCACAGUAUUCUGAAGCAGAAACGGUAUUCUGUUUAUUUCCUGUACGGUUCUAAUGGAGGUGCUCACUGAAACAAAUGGGACUUGAGCAUUUGUAAAUGCUAGACACACCUGAGGAUCUGUAGUACACUUACAGAACAUAAAGGUAAAGGGACCGCUGAUGAUUAGGUCCAGUCGUGGCCGACUCUGGGGUUGCGGCACUCAUCUUGCUUUAUUGGCCGAGGGAGCCGGCGUACAGCUUCUGGGUCAUGUGGCCAGCAUGACUAAGCCACUUCUGGUGAAACCAGAGCAGCGCACGGAAACGCCGUUUACCUUCCCGCCAGAGUGGUACCUAUUUAUCUACUUGCACUUUGAUGUGCUUUCAAACUGCUAGGUUGGCAGGAGCAAGGACCGAGCAAUGGGAGCUCACCCUGUUGCAGGGAUUCGAACUGCUGACCUUCCGAUCGGCAAGCCCUAGGCUCUGUGGUUUAACCCACAGCGCCACCCAUGUCCCCUUACAGAACAUACAGGGCUGCUAUUAUUUAUGUAAUAACAGUUACAUACAUGGUGCUUUACAGGGUGUUGUUGUUUAGUCGUUUAGUCAUAUCUUCGUGACCCCAUGGACCAGAGCACGCCAGGCACUCCUGUCUUCCACUGUCUCCCGCAGUUUGGUCAAACUCAUGUUGGUAGAUUCGAGAACAUUGUCCAACCAUCUUGUCCUCUGUCAUCCCCUUCUUGUGCCCACAAUCUUUCCCAACAUCAGGGUCUUUUCCAGGGAGUCCUCUCUUCUCAUGAGGUGGCCAGACUAUUGGAGCCUCAGCUUCAGGAUCUGUCCUUCCAGUGAGCACUCAGGGCAGAUUUCCUUCUUUGGCAAGCAGCCUUCUUUAUGGUCCAGCUCUCACUUCCAUACAUCACUACUGGGAAAACCAUAGGUUCAACUAUACAGACCUUUGUCGGCAAGGUGAUGUCUCUGCUUUUUAAGAUGCUGUCUAGGUUUGUCAUUGCUUUUCUCCCAAGAAGCAGGGAUCUUUUAAUUUCGUCCGUUCCAAGACGGACAGGUCAUAGUGGAGAGUUUUGACCAAACAUGAUCUACCUGGACCAGGAACUGGCAAGCCACUCCAGUAUCCCUGCCAAGAAAACUUCAUGGACAAACACAACAGGCUUUACAGGGUAGCAUAGGCAAAAAAAAGGACUGAUUCCUUCACUCUGGGAGUGUACCUUGCAAGCUAAACUGUGACAGUGGCGAGAGAAAGCAGAGAGGGAUUGGAGAGGUAAAGGUAGCAAAAGAGCAGUGUGGGCAUAUGUCUCACUUAAGAUGCCAUUUUGAUUACAGAUUAAGGCACACACACCGUUGUCCCUGUGCAUGCGCACACAUGCCAGCCACUUUUUUGUGUUGUAGUCCCAUGUGGCUGUGGGGGUUUUUUGUGUGUGUGAAUACUGGAACCUUAUGGGCCAUUCCCACCCCUUUGCAAUUUUCAUUCCCAGCUAAGUGAAGGCUUAUGCCAUGAGGCUCAGUCAUUCAACACUUGCAUUCUCACAUUUGCACACACCCAGCAGCUGCAUGGGAUUGCACCACAUGGAAGCAGCUCCUGCACCAGUGCUGGCAUGUGCGAGUGGGGCAAGUGCUGUGGUCAUUUUAUGGGGAAAGUGGGGCUUGAGGAGAAAUGAUUGUUUGCUGCUUGCAGCGCAAAGCCUUGUCUCAGCAGAUCCCACUCUUCAAAUGCUCCAGAAGGUGUUUGCAAAUAUGCUCAGAAACACAGGGCUGAGAUGAUGCUUCCUCAGUCGGUAAGGGAUGUUGGUGGUGGAAAAUUGGAGGCUCCUCUUCCCCUCCUUCACUGCCUCACUUUCUUUUUCUGCCUGCCCUUUCCAUUCCCCCAAAGGACCCGAUACAUCAGCACGGAGUUGGGCAUGCGCCAGCGCCUCUUUGUGGGAGUGCUGACCUCGAAGAACACAUUGCACUCCCUUGCAGUGGCGGUGAACCGCACCUUGGGACACCGGCUGGAGCGAUUGGUCUACUUCACGGGCACCCGGGGGCGCAAGGUCCCUCACGGCAUGACGGUGGUGACGCACGGCGACGAGAGGCCCAUCUGGAAUAUGUACCAGACUGUCAAGUAUGUGCUGGACCAUUACGUGGCUGACUUCGACUGGGUUUUCCUGGUGCAGGACGACACCUACACCGAGGCCCACCGUGUGAACCGCUUGGCCUCUCACCUCAGCAUUGACACUCUGCUCUACAUGGGCCGGCCAGAGGAGUUCAUUGGUGGGGACACGCAAGGGCGCUACUGCUAUGGCGGCUUCGGCUACCUGCUUUCCCGGGCCCUUCUCCUGCGGUUGCAGCCUCACCUGGAAAGCUGCCGGAAUGACAUCCUGAGCGCCCAUCCCGAUGAGUGGCUGGGGCGCUGCAUCAUUGACUACACUGGGGUAGAUUGUGUGGCAGAGCGUGAGGUAAGGAGGGCCAGCUGCACUGUAGUGUCCCUCUCCUGUGUUCAUUUAUUUAACUUAUUUUGUAUCUACUACUGAAUCAUAAAAAACCUCUAAGCGGUUUACAUACAAUAUAUGCAAAUGUUAUUGGUAAAAAGUUAAAAACUAGUUGGCCUGAUAAAAUAAGCAGGUAACAAUUAAAAAAUUUAACUACCUGUUGAUAUACAGGCCAACUUUACACAUCUGGGUUAAUGUACCUAAACGAAAAGGGUUUUGGCAGGUGCCAAAAAACAAUAUGGCGGAGGCACCUGCCUAAUAUGAAGGGGCAGGGAGUUGCAGUGUAGGUGCUGCUAAGCCAAGGGACUGAUAUCCUUGCAAAUGUGGAAUGAACACGAUCAUGUGUUUCAAAGAUUAGGGGGAGGAACCAAACACUCAAUAUUACAGGAUGAAUUCUUGAUCCCAGUUGAAAGCUGAGCUUCCUCUUCAGACAUGCUUUUGUUCCCUUACAACUGGAGGGGAAUACCGGCUGGUUGUAUGUCAUGGUUAUAUGUACUAUCAUGGAUGGCUUGGAUUUCCCCGUCAUAUGUGCUACUCUUAUUCCUUCUCCCCACCAGGGCCUGCAUUACCAGUAUUUUGAACUUGGAAAGAACACUGACCCUGAGAGAGAGAGUGACCCGCGAUUCAACACGGCCUUCACUGUUCACCCUGUGCUGGACCCUGUCCAGAUGUACCGGCUGCACAGACACUUUGCGCGUGUGGAACUGGAGCACACAUACCAGGAAAUCCAGCAGCUACAGGUAAGGCAGGGAGGACGUUGGAGCUGGGUCUGUAACUGGCUGAGCGGAGUGGGGGACUCUGUUCACUAUCCUCAUCCGCCACAGUUUCCAUUGUGGCACUAUAUUUUGCUUACCAGCUAUAGGAAAGUCAGCCAUGUUUUGUUUAUUUUUACAUUUAUGUCGCACCUUUUCCUUCAAGGAGCUCAAGAUUGUCGUAUACUCCUCUUCCCUUCCCAAUUCCAUCCGUACAACAACCCUGUGAGGUAGGUUAGGUUGAGGGACUUUGACUGGCCAAAGCUCACUUAGUGAGCUUCAUGGCUGAGUGAGGAUUUGAAACUUGGUCUCCCACGCCCUAAUCCAACACUCUAACCACUGCACCACACUGGCUUUCUCCAGUGUAGCUCAGAUGUAGAAAGUAACUGAGCCCAUUUCACUUCUGAUGUCUUCUAGGGCGGAGAUGGGGAACCUGGGACGCUCUGGAUUUUGUUGGUCACUCCAUUCAUUGGGGAUGUUUGAAUCUGAAGCUAUACCUUUCCUUUCCCCCCCAAGGAUUUGGGCUUAACUGUGUCAACCCUCAUGUUGGCAGUUUCUGAAAUCUCCAUAUUUGGCAGCACAUGCUGAGCUCUGACCCCUGGCUGUAGCUUCACCACUGGAGAUUGGCUGGGGAGGGGGCAGGGCUGAAUUUGAAGUGGUGUGUGUGUGUGCUGGCUUGCUUCCAUGCACACUUAACCUUUUCCCCACCCACUGCUUCUCUCAUUCCAAACCCAUUUCCUCCAGCUGCAGUUCCAACCCCUCAAUUCUCUGAACUAUUAACUACCACUUUUUACUGGGAAAAUAAAGAGUGCACUAGUGAAACUGAAAAAUGUAUAGAAUUUUUGGUUAAUAGGUUUGUUUUUUAAAAUAGAUAUGCAGUGGUACCUUGGUUUACGAACUUAAUCGGUUCCAGAAGUCCGUUCUUAAACCGAAAGUGUUCUUAAACGGCGGUGCGCUUUCCCUAAUGAGGCCUCCUGCCGCCGGUGCCCUUCCACCAUUUGGCUUCCGUUCUGCGAUCGAGGUAAAGUUCGCUACUUCCGGUUUUACGGAGUUCAUAAACUGAAUCAUUUGUAAAUAGGGCUAUUCUUAAACCAAGGUACCACUGUAUAUGCAUUCCAGAUAACCUCAAGCUGAAUCUUAGUAUGCGUUGUUGCAGUGGGUUUCCUUCAAUGAAGGUCUUAAUCCAAGUCGUAAGUUUGGAGGUUUAGGCAGCAAGCUUGCAUGUUUGAUCAGCCAAAAAGGGCAAUUCCUAGAUUCCAAAGUGGAGGUUUGCUUUUGGGGAAAUGCCAGACCAGUCCAGACAGCUGUCUGCUUCUUAAUCUCAUUGCUGAGCACAGCACUGGCUACCACGAUGGACCUUGACUCAUAGGCUGCAACUCUGCGUGCUAUAAGCCAAGAACUAGGUGGUGUUAUUGAUGCCUUCAUAGGUUCCGCUAUUAGCCUUUUGGUUCAUGUAAUAAAAUCGGCAGAAUAUCGAGAUGUGUGAAAACAUACUUGAAAAAUUGUAAAAUAUGGAACCGAAAAUGCAUACAGGUGCUCAGGAGCUACAUUAAAUUACAUUGAUUGCUAUUGCACAUUGGAUUUUCCUUUUCUUUGCGCUGCUGUAAAUUAAUAUUUGAGUCUAUUGCCUUAGGUUAUAAUAAGUUUUAAAGUGAUUUAUUUAUAUAGUGCCCCUGCCAGUUGGCACUUGGGGACUAUGACAUAAAAGUAAUAUGCAGUAAUGUGUGUAAUAAAAAAUGAAAAUCCAUUUUAAAAUAACUUUUUAAAAAAAGAGAGAAAUGGGGAGAAAGAAAAAGCAUAUAUUUUGGUGGGGGGGAAAUGACAUGACGGUCAGUUCUCCCACCCCCUCCCCCAUGGAUCCUGGAGGACUUGAUGACAACAACAGCAAAUAUAUUUGGGGGCUUUUUUUGAAAGGGGAAGAGGGAGUAACAGAGAGAGAGCAUGCCCUGCUUGGAGGGGAAGAGAGUGUGGAGCCCCUGAGGGGCAGAGAUCUCUCCCUGGAGAGGAAGCAAAUGUAAAGUGUUUUGCUCAAUUGCCCACCAGCAUAAGGUGUCAUUUUUUGAGCAGCAGGUGGUGUCUGAGUAGAGAUAAACAAAGGAGAGAGAUUAAUUAGGGUAAUUAUAGUUUGACCAGGCGAACUAUAUUUAAUCCAUUGCAAUCUGCUAUGAAUUAAUGGAACUUUUCUUGAAUAAUGGCAGUAUAUUAAUCUGGGCACAAAAAUAAAUAAAUAAAGGGCAAUGAAACCUUUUCCAUAACCAAUGAAAACAUUUUAAAAGGUGGUAAAAGCUGUAAUGACAUGUAUUUAAAAUUCACUUGCUUCCUUUGCCAAACCAACUCCUGAUUGUUACGGACUGGGACCUAAGCUGAGGGGAGCUGCCUUUUCCACCUCUUUAGACUUGGAUUGUCAUCUAGCAGUGGGGAGAGCUGGGUUGAAGGCUCUCGCAGACUUGGGGGUGAUGUGGUUACCAGCCACUUUAGGGGCUUCAUGAUGCCUAUUUUGAUUUUAAUUAAUUAAUUAAACUUCAUUUUUCUACCUCUCCUCUUCAGAAGAGAGCCCAGGGCAGUGCACAACAUGAAAAAAAAUGCAAUCAAUGAUUAAAGUAUCUAAAAAUGGCAGCACUGAAAACAGUAUAUUCAAACAGAGUGGUAACAGGACUGUUGAUUCCCAGAGUUAAUUUAUGGCCCAAGACUAACAGCUCAACCCCAAAAUAUAAGAAAGUACAGUGGAAACUUGGUUUUGGAAGCCAAACAAUUCGGAACCCGAAUGCCGAAAACCCGGAAGUAAUUGCUUCCAUUUUCGAAUGCGCCUCAGAAGUCGAAUGGCUUCCGAAUGGCAUUUCUCCAUUUUUUCAAUUGAUUUUGCCAACUGCCCAUUGAUCCUUGGUUUUCGAAUGCUUCAGAAGUCGAACGGUCUUCUGGAACAGAUUAUGUUCAAAAACUGAGGUUCUACUGUUAACACAAUACUUCAGGCGCAUUAGGCAAGGCAGACCCAACACUUUAUUUCCUGACUGAAAGCCAGAAAUAAAAUUGGAAAUAAUUUAUGGAGAAUUUUCUAAAGGAAUCAAUAUAUAAACCAAAAGUGUGUUAAUUUAAUUAAUGUGGCCUAAUUUAAAUGCAAUAAAUGUUGAAGAAUGGGAUUCAGUAUUUGGGUGUGGUGAGAUAUACAGGCGCAUGUGAGGAGACUGGCUUACAUACUGGCUGCUUUGAACCAUGUGGCCCAUCUUUCACCACAAUACUGUUUUAUUUUUUACUUCAUGGGGCAAAACAGUGCAGGUAAGCUAGCCCCAGAGCUGGGCUCAUAGCGUGGGACCACACUGCCACCAGGUGGCUGGAUGGUAUAACUUGGCACACCCUGCUGCUUGCUGAACCUGCUCUUGUUUAAUGCGCUACUCUUUGGGUUGGGCAGAAGUUCAUCUGGGCUCAUAUGGAGAGGUCUGGUGCCCCAAUGCAGUUUGUCGCAGGCUCGCCACUUGUUGUGGUCUAGCUGGCAGUGCCCCUGUUGGUUUCUGCUCCGGGGUAGCUAUGCUGGAGGGGUGGUUAAACUUAAUGGUCCUCAAGCAUGUAAUGGAUGCUUUGUCUAUUUGGGGAGCGUUGGAGGGGUGGAAGUACUUAGCUUUUUGAAGCGUUCAUGGACACCUAGUUGUGUCUUCCAGUCAGGCAUCCUAAAGAGACGUGCCUGACCUGACCGUAGUGCAGGGAUGGGGAAGCUGUGGUUCAACUCCAGUUCCCAUGAGCCACAGCCACUGUGGCCAGUGCUCAGGGAUGAUGGGAACUGGAGUCAGUUACAUCUGGAGAACCACAGGUCCUCUGAAUGAAGAUUUACCUGGAAGGUAGAGGGAUGUGUGUAAAAGAGAGAGAGAGCGAGAGAGAGAGAAAGAAAAAGAAAGAAAGAAAGAAAGAAAGAAAGAAAGAAAGACAAAUUAUCCAAGUAAAUAUGGGAGUUGCUCUUAGCCAUGGGGAAAGUUUGCCUUAUGUGUGUAUGUGUUUCUGUGUGUGCCUCUUAAUUCAUUUGGAACUGCUGGGAGUUGUGAAAAACUAAAUUCUGAGCCUACAGUGACUCUACCUGCACCCUCUCCUUGCAGCUCGAGAUCCAGAACACCAGCAGCCUCUCUGCAGAUGGCGAGCUGAGUGCCACCUGGCCCAUUGGCAUCGCUCCCCCUUUCCAGCCCAAAACCCGCUUUGAGGUGCUUCGCUGGGAUUACUUCACGGAAGAAGCGGCUUUCUCUUGCAUGGAUGGAGCUCCCAAGUGUGAGCUGCGUGGCGCAGACACAGCCGACGUGGCCGACGUGGUGGCUGCAGCUGUGGAAGAGCUGAACCACCGGUACCAGCCGGUGCUGCACGUCCGGAAGCAGCAGCUGCUGAACGGCUACCGCCGCUUUGACCCGACCCGAGGCAUGGAGUACACCCUGGACCUGCAGCUGGAAGUGGUGACCCAGAAGGGGCACAGCCGGUCGCUGGCCAAGCGGGUGCACCUGCUGCGCCCUCUCAGCGAGGUGGAGAUCAUCCCAAUGCCCUACGUGACAGAGGCCAGCCGGGUCAACGUCAUCCUGCCCUUGACAGCCCCGGAGCGAGACUAUGCCGCGCGCUUCCUGGAGGUCUAUGCUGCGGCCGCCUUUGAGAAUGCAGAGAACGCCGUGCUGACCUUCCUCUUCAUCUACGACCCCUUUGAGGCUCAGCAAGUGGCCCAGAAUGACGUCUUCCGGGCGGUGAAGGCACGCAUUGCGGAGUACGAGCGGCGCUAUGCGCAGGUGAAGAUCCCCUGGAUCAGUGUCAAGACAGAUGCUCCCUCCCAGAUCAAGGUGAUGGACAUCAUUUCCAAGAAGCACCCCGUGGACACGCUCUUCUUCGUGGCUGGUGUGGGCACCGAGGUCACGGCCGAGUUCCUCAACCGCUGCCGCAUGAACACCAUCAACAGCUGGCAGGUCUUCUUCCCCAUCCACUUCCAGGGCUACAACCCCACCAUCGCCUUCCACAACCAGCCCCCGCCUCUGUCUGGCCUGGACCUGGUGCGAGAUGCCGGCCACUUUGACCGCGACGCCUUCAGCGAAGCCUGCUUCUACAACGCCGACUACAUGGCGGCACGCACGCGCAUGGCGGCCGAUGCCCAGGACAACGAGGACAUCCUGGAAACGCUGGACAUCUACGACCUGUUUGUCAAGUACUCCAACCUGCAUGUCUUCCGGGCGGUGGAGCCGGCCCUCCUCCAGCGCUACAGGCCGCACGGCUGCAACCCGCGCCUGAGCGAGGAGCAGUACCACCGCUGUGUGCAGAGCAGCCUGGAGGGCCUGGGCUCCCGGGCGCAGCUGGCCAUGGUGCUCUUUGAACAGGAGCAGGGCAACAGCACAUGAGCCCGGGGCCGGGGCCAGCCUGCCACCUCCCCUCUCCCCCUGCGCGUCUUCCCUGUAGCGGCAGAGGGCGGCGGCCCAGGAUGGCUCGGGCUGGGCCUCAAGGGAGCGGUUCUGCUUGGCUGUCCAGGUUGCCUUGUGGACCAAAAGCGGGCAUUGGCGGGUGGUCAGGAUCCAGUCCCACUUCUGCCUUGCUCUGUUCCCCUCAUGCAGGCCCAGGUCCUCCCCCCGGGCUGCAGGAUUAACAGCUGCAAGUGCCAGCCGAGCAAGGGCAGGCAGGGCCUGCUGUGGGACUUCUGCCACCUUGGCGGCACCAGGGCUUUUAGAAGAGGCUUCUGUGUGAGGGUGGGGUGGGCUGAAGCCAAGGAGGCUGGCAUGGGGUUUCUGGAUUCUGGGGCAAUAGAGGCAGGAAGGAAAGAAGCUGCCCCCUCAGGAGCACUGCUUGGUCCCCUUGCUGCAGUUUGGGUGUUAACUUAAUGGACACUCCAGGUGUAGGUGCAGGAUAAUCUUCUGUGGGUGGGAGGGGCAGAGGGAUUCUGGUUGGUUAUUUUUUCCUCUUUGUCCGGUGUUGCUCCUUUUGGAAACAGUGACUCGGGCUGCUUUAGCCUCAGAUUAGGAGUGGUAGGGGCAAGAGGGUGGCACAGACCUGGUGGGUGCUUUCAGUGGGAGAGUCAAGCAGCCCCCUGAUGCCAGGCUGGCUCUGGCAUGGUGGGGAUGAACAGUAUUUCUGGGGCUGCCAGCCCUCCUUCACCCGCUGGGCUGAAGGUACGUAGAUUUUGCCCAUCUUGCUGCCAUGUGUGGUUGACUCAGAACUGUUAAGCAGAGCGGGUUGCGUCAAUCAGCCUGGCGCUGGGUCCAGGGCAAGGCCCAGAAAGGGUGCAGUUGUGUUUGUGCACGCGUGAGGAGUUGGAGCUUGGCUCUCCAGUGGGUUUAUAUUUAACUUGGAUUUGGGGCGGGUUGGCGACUAAAAUGUUGUUUUGCAUUUUAAUAAACUGGAGCGAAGCAUAAAGUGUAAA